CACGCGCCGCUAGGACACAGCCCACGCCGGACCUCCACGCUGCAGAUGACGAAGAGUAAUUCAGACAAAGUUCCACGAACGACUACGCACCGUUCCCCAUUUAAAGACAUAACAAACUCGUCUACGAUUGAGAAUGCAAAUGUCACUACUAAUAGUCAACAAGCAAGAAAGAAUACAUGGUAUGCCCGACUGUCUGAUGAGAAGAGAACAGCAUUUCUCGAAAAUCGUUGCAUGUCCCGACAAGAAAAGAAGGCUCAGCCUCUGAAUAUUAUUACUGGUCAACUAACACCUGAGGCACAUGCUUCGUUAGGAUCCAAGGAGUGUACCCCUUUGAGCAACAUAACCAACCCACACACAAAUGAUGGAAGAUGCACAGGGGACUGCACGACUAUUGUUCGACAUUCCGAAGAUGUUAAUGUUGAGCGAAAAAGGACUGGCCAUAAUUGGUAUGCUCGACUAACAGACGAACAAAGAGCAGAACACUUGCAUAAGCUACAGUUGGCUCGCCUACAAAAAAAAGUUGUAGCUGACAGUGUUACUGUCGAAUUACCUGACAGCUCGUACUCCCGAUCUUCACCUGGUUCAGCCUCUACAGUACCAAUUUCCAAGAGUAGUACUUGUCUUCCGGUGGGACGGCACAAAGCGACGACUGCAACCGGCGCUGCGAGUGCCAAACAGCGCCAACCAUCUGCCGGGGAAGCGUCACCUGGUCUCACACAUUAUGGAUCGACACAAUCCAGUAUCACCUGUGUGGGACACACGCUGGUUGGAGAGCCAAAUACAGGGGAGGACGUUUCUGAUGAUUGGCUGCACAGGAAUCCAACUUAUGUACGAGGAGCGAGGUCGGUGAACACAAUAGUAACGUCUUACGGACUAGGGCAAGGUCGGCUGAACACAAUAGUAACGUCUUACAGACUGGAGGAGAGCACGGACAAUAUGACUUUGUGCCCACAAGUUUUAUCUUUGGUGCGUCCAUUAAACGACAAGGUUCUAUCUGAUGAGAUCUAUGAGCAUACUAUCUACCAUCCUGCUAAACACACACACUUUGCUGCAUUACCUGGAAUCUAUGACAGAACAUUAACUCUAAAUGGGUUUUCUAAGGUGAACUUAAUACUACUCGCAUGGCAACUACACUUUGGUCUGCACUCUUCAUCUACAACUCAAAUGUUGAUUUUAUAUCUAGAGAAAAGCAGAUUCUUACCUUGAUACCUGGAAGAUCAAGAGGAGCAUACAGCCAUAGCCAGGUACUCAUGUCAGUCACAGAUCAUUGGUGACAAAGGCAUAUUUUCUUUAAAGGUGCAUGUGUUUCAUAUCACCCAAGCUGGAAAAUAUGAGGAUCUUCUCCAAGCCAGACCUGAGCUCAAUGCACCAAGAACAUCAAUUGAAGCAACAGUUCGUGUAUAUAUAAUGUAUUGUGAGCCUUGGAACGAGCUCAUGUGUGAGGCUAAUAUAUUGUGAGCCUUUUACUUUGAAAUGUGUGAUAAUGAUGUGUCAGAGUUAUGGAUUGUGGAGACCAAAUUUAUGUGACAAUUCUGUAAUGUGAGGCCUAAUUAAGUGUAGGUCUGAUUAUUUGGUUUUUAAACAUGUGGAGUACCCAUGAUGGGUGAGCCUUCGAUCGAGCUCAUGUGUGAGGCUAAUAUAUUGUAAGCCUUUUACUUUGAAAUGUGUGAUAAUGAUGUAUCAGAGUUAUGG